AUGGAUAUCCAUCGCUGUCGCUUCGUUGACUAUGUACCGUCUCAAAUACAUGCAGUCGCCUUCUCUCAUCCAUCCGAAUACAAUCCUCAGACACACCACCUCCCACCCUCUCUUCGUCUCGCAAUCGGUCGCUCCAAUGGCUCUAUUGAGAUUUGGGACCCUACGACUUGCUUCCAUGAAUCCACACUCCAUGGUGGUGUAAAACGUAGCAUUGAGGGUCUCGCUUGGAUUCGUCAGCCCCAUUACACCGUAAAACAUACCGAACUCCUUCGUCUCUUCUCAAUUGGAAACUCCACGGUUGUCACAGAAUGGGACCUCGUAACCGGAAAACCCCUCGCACACUUCGAUUGUGGCAAAGGUAUCAUCUGGAGCAUAGCUGCUCAGCCAAAGAAGUCAUGGUUUACGGACCGUUCGCAGCCGAACCAUAAAGCAGAGGAAGAAGCAUCUGAGGAUAAAGAGGACCCUGAAGACGGCGCCUACCUCGCUGUCGGCUGCGAAGAUGGUUCCCUAGUAAUCAUCUCAGUCGGCGACACUCCUGGUUCUUUAUCACUGUCCAAGAUCAUCCCUCAAUCUAAAGCCUGUCGGGUCCUCUCCCUCGCAUGGCAAUCUCCCACGACCAUCAUCGCUGGAACUUCAGACUCCAAGCUCCGUGCCUUCGACACUGUCACCGGACGUACCAUAACCACGAUGUCUGUCGCCCCUAAAUUCAAUAACAAGCGCAGAAAUGCAAAGAAACGAGACACGUACGUGUGGAGCGUCAAGUACAUACCUUCCAAUGGCGGAUGGAUCGUUGCAGGUGACUCGCUUGGUGAAAUUAGCGUGUACGAUGGGAAGCGCUACACACUGCGCCAGAAACUUAAAUCGCACGGUGCAGACGUUUUAACUUUAGAGACAAAUGCCAAUGGGACCCAGUUCUUUAGUUCCGGUGUCGAUAAGGUUACGGUCAAGCAUGAGCUUGUAGGAUUAGGAAAACGUGCAACCUGGACUCAAGUGGUGAAGAAAAGGUUCCAUAGGCACGACGUUAGGGCUAUGGGCGGGUUUGAAGCUGGGGCGUUUAGCGUUUUAGUUAGUGGUGGCGUGGAUAUGACACCUGUCGUCGUCCCCUUGAGGAAAUUUGCUGAGGAGUACCAAUAUACGUUGUCUGCACUGCCACAAGAGCAGCUCGUAGCAACUACUGUCGGGAAGGCAGGUUCUAGACUUCUGGUGGCUCGUUUUGACAGAGAAGUGAAGAUUUGGAGGAUUAACAGCAUCGAUGAAGUGGAGGCAGCCGAUGACGUCGAGCUUUAUGGAGCUGUUGACGACGAUCAAGGAAGAAAACUUGUUGGUGACAUUAUGGUCAGCACUGACGAGAACAUUUCAUCGGCGGCGAUAUCACCCAAUGGAGACCUAUUGGCUAUUUCGACCAUGGCAACAAUCAAACUAUUCCAUCUCCGACCCCGAAAAUCCACAGUUCUACUGCGAAUCUCCAAACUGGAAUUACCGGAAAAGAUAGCGACGAUUGGCGCCAGAAAAGUUAUUUUCUCACCCGACGGAAACUACUUGGCUUUCUUCGCUCCAAAUUCUGAACCCUAUAUCUUCAAAAUCACCGCUACAGUUGAUGAAGAUGAGAAACCUACAUUUGAGUUUGGAAACCUCCAGCACUUGGAUAGGAAGGAUCGGGAAGUUAGCGUUUCAGGCAAUAAAUUGCAACGAAAGGACGGAGUAAUUGCAUUAGGACGAGGUUACGAACGACAAGUUAGCCGAGCUUGCUUCUCUCACAACGGCAAGUACUUGUUCUCCGCUGAUGUUGGCGGCUGGAUGGAAGCUUGGAGCCUAGAAGAUGCAAAGAAAGGGAAAUGGAAGUUGAUCAAAGCAAGUCUCCCACGACUCCCAGCUUCGCCCGUCGCCGCAGGAUUCAGGCCGCCGGUUACCCUCGAGUCUGCCAAAAUCGAUGGAGAUAGUUCGGAAGUCUUCGUGAUGACAUCAGAUCACACGCUUCAUGAAUUUGAUGUUCUGACCGGACAGGUUACUGCAUGGUCUGCAAGAAACUCUGACCGAUUACCACGCGAGCUUUCGAAGCUAAAAGAUAGGUGUUUUGGUAUGAGUGUGGUGGAAGAAAAGAACAAGGGAAGAAGAUUGUGGUUUUGGGGCCAUGGUUGGGUGUUUAUGAUCAAUAUUGAUCGGGAUUUAAAUGUCAUUGGCCCGAAGAAAGCUAAGAACGAAGACGCUGAAGUGAAGGGUACCAAGAGGAAGAGAGGGGUUGUAUUAAUUAGUGGAGCAGGAAGUGAGGCGGUAAACGGCGGGAAAGACAUGGUUAAAGGAACUGAGGUUACUUUGAUCGGGAAAGUCGCAGCUACCGAAGAGGACGAAGGGGCAAUGGAUGUAGAAAGCGAUGAUGAGUUCCUGUUGGACAAAGUCAGAAAUGAUGUUAGAAAGAAAGGCGAUGUGGAGAUGGUGCAUAGUGAGAGUGAGGAUGAUAGUAGCGAGGAGGAGGAGGAGGAUGAUGAUGACAAUGACGAUAGCUCUAACUCUGAGAGCGAAAAGAGCUCAGACGAGAGUGAUAAGGAGAGUCAAUCGGAACUUUCGGCCAGUGAGCACCUAAAUGAUGACGGAGGUGUGAAGCUGGACGUCGAAAUGGAGAUUGACUCUAACGCUCCAAAUUCAACUGAAGUCGUGGUUCAAAAGAAGACAAGCCGCGCAACACCACACUGGCAUACAUUCCAGUAUAGGAAUGUAAUGGCUUUCCUACCUAUUGGCGAUCCAAAGGAGGAUUUAGAGAUGGUAGUUGUGGAAAGGCCAGUUGCUGAUGUAAAGUUGCCGCCGGCUUGGAUGCCAAAGAAAGAUGCGUCCCGGGCCAGAACCCAAAGAUUUAUCUAA